AUGGCUGAUAUCAAUCCGAAUCACACUGUCUACGUCAACAAUCUCAAUGAGAAGAUUAAGAGAGAUGAACUGAAACGAUCUCUGCACAUGAUAUUCACUCAAUUCGGAGAAAUCAUUCAACUAAUGUCAUUCCGAAAAGAGAAAAUGCGUGGACAAGCGCACGUCGUCUUCAAAGAGAUCUCAUCGGCCUCAAAUGCUCUUCGUGCUCUUCAGGGAUUCCCAUUCUACGGUAAACCGAUGCGUAUCCAAUACGCACGUGAGGAUUCCGAUGUGAUCGCCCGUGCGAAGGGAACAUUUGUGGAGAAGAGAGCGACGAAAUCAGUGACGAGAAGUGGAAAUGCCGCAAAGAAACCGUACGAUAAACCGACGGGAAAAGAGCACAAGAAAGGAGGAGACGCAGAGAAAACGAAUGAGACGACGACGGAGACGGAGGGACCCGGACAACCGAAUAACAUUCUCUUCUGUUCAAAUAUUCCAGAUGAAACCGAUCCAGAGCAGAUUCAGACCAUUUUUGGACAAUUUCCGGGACUCCGCGAGGUUCGUUGGAUGCCAAACACAAAAGACUUCGCAUUCAUCGAAUACGAAUCGGAGGAUCACUCGGAAUCGGCUCGUCAGGCACUCGACAACUUCCGUAUCACUCCAAAUCAUCAAAUUAAAGUCAAAUUCGCAUCGAAAUAA